UCUUGUGUUUUUUGCAGGAUGACGUGGUCAUGGGGACGCUGACUGUUCGUGAGAAUCUGCGUUUCUCAGCGGCUUUACGGCUCCCGAAGUCGAUCCGUCAGCGAGAAAAAGAUGAGAAGAUUGAGAGACUCAUUCAGGAGCUGGGAUUGAGCAAAGUGGCCGAUUCACGGGUGGGCACGCAGCUGAUUCGUGGUGUUUCGGGUGGAGAGAGGAAGAGGACAAACAUCGGCAUGGAGCUGAUUAUUGAUCCGCCGGUGCUUUUCCUGGACGAACCGACCACCGGCCUGGACGCCAGUACAGCCAACUCUGUCCUCAUGCUGCUCAAAAGUGCUGUCCAUGAUGAACUGGAUGAGGAGCAGCUGAGUUCAUCUCUGAAGGGCAUCGAGGACCGUUUGGUGGAAGAAUACAAGAACAGCUCCAGCUACAAACAGACCAAAAGCGAGCUGGAGCGAAUCGUUCAGGGACAGGACUACAGCACACGACCCAAAUCCAGAACCAUCACCUACAGCACGUCCUUCUGCCACCAGUUCAACUGGGUCCUCAGGAGAACCUUCAGGAACCUCAUGCUGAACCCACAGACCUCAUUCGCUCAGAUCGGGGUGUUGAUUUUCCUGGCUUUGGUUGUUGGAGCCAUAUUUUUUGGAGUGGAGAAGAAUUCGAGUGGCAUUCAGAACAGGAUGGGCGCACUGUUCUUCAUUACCACCAAUCAGUGCUUCAGCUCCGUUUCCUCAGCUGAACUCUUCAUCUCUGAGAGUAAACUGUUUGUGCACGAGUACAUCAGCGGAUACUACAGAGUCUCAGUGUACUUCUUGUCUAAGAUCCUGUCUGACAUCCUGACUCUGCGCACCAUCCCGGCCAUCAUCUUCAGCUGCGUGGCGUACUUUAUGAUCGGACUGAAGGCAUCGGCCGAGGCCUUCUUCAUCUUCCUGUUCUCUAUCGUUCUGGUGUCGUACACAGCCACGUCCAUGACUCUGGCCAUCUCCGCUGAUCAGACGGUGGUGGCCAUCGCUAACAUCUUCAUGACCAUCAGCUUUGUCUUUAUGAUGGUAAAGAAACACACAUACACGUUUAAACGGGAAUAUUAAAGCAAUAUAUACAACAUGUGGUU